UUCUUUUGCUACAGAUUAAAAUAAAAAAGAUUUUAUUGCAUUUUAGAAAAGAAGGAGUUAUGGGCGACACUCUUAGACCUCCUUCACUCCAGGUGAGUGUUCCACAAGAUGCUCCGGCAUAUUCAGAUGGAGGAAACAACCCUGUGUCAGAUGGCUCUUUACAAUCCAGCUCCUCAACCCCAACUCUCCGCCGCAAGCGCUUCAAGAUGCGCCGCAUGAGGAACGUGCCCAGUGAGAGGGAACUGGAAAGAGCCCGGCUGACCAACAGCCACCUGACAGUCAGAUCUCGCUCAAGCUCAAAGGAGUACCUUCAGUUGCCUUCCAUUGAGAUCACGCCAUCCAGCGAUGAAGACGCCCCAUCUUCCUGGUCAAGGUGCUCUACACCCAGCGCAUCUCCUCGCCGCAAGCGUUUCCUGCUGAGGAGGUGGUUGAAGGUCAGGGAGAAGAAGGAGCAAGGCAGUGACAGCAGCAGCCAGCAAAGCAGUCAGCAAAGCAGUCUGCAGAGCAGCCAUGAUGAUGACAACACCCGCUUCUUGACACCAUUAAUUCGAGAGGAAAGGUCUGACAGUGCAGCGGACAAAAUCGGCACUGCCAGUAACUCAAACAAGAGCACACCAGCCUGCUCACCAGUCCUGCGUAAACGCUCGCGCUCUCCUACACCACAGAGCCAGGAGGGUGAGAACAUGGUGGAGAAGGGUUCAGACCACUCCUCUGACAAGUCCCCCUCCACACCUGAGCAGGUCGUCCAGAGAACAUACUCGUUGCAGUCAGCACGAAGCGGCGGAAAGAACUCCAAGUCUCACAAGCGACUUUCCAAAAAGAGCCAAAGCUGGUACAACGUGCUGAGCCCGACAUACAAGCAGCGCAAUGAGGACUUUAGGAAACUCUUCAAGCAGCUUCCCGACACAGAGAGACUCAUUGUGGACUACUCCUGUGCUCUUCAACGGGACAUCCUUCUGCAGGGACGACUCUACCUCUCUGAGAACUGGAUCUUUUAUAGCAACAUCUUCCGCUGGGAAACCCUUCUGACAGUGCGACUAAAGGACAUCUGCUCAAUGACGAAAGAAAAGACUGCUCGCCUCAUUCCCAAUGCCAUCCAGGUCUGCACAGACCUGAGAAGCAACUUCUUCACCUCGUUUGGAGCCAGAGACAGGACCUACAUGAUGAUGUUCAGACUGUGGCAGAACGCCUUGCUUACAAGCCGGCUGUGCCCUAAAGAGCUGUGGCACUUUGUUCAUCAGUGCUACGGAAACGAGCUCGGCCUAACCAGUGACGACGAGGACUAUGUUCAUCCUGAUGACGACUUCAACACCAUGGGGUUCAGCGAAGAGAAUUCCAAUGAGGAGAAUGAGAUCAACAAUGACAACUUGAGGAAAAACAGUGCAGAGGCCAAGCCUGAAAGGGAGUCCUCCACUGCAUAAAAAAGGCCAAUCCCAAACAGCACCAUCACAAGUCCUGGCAACCACGACACACCCAUCACAGGAAACCUGCUUGACAAGAUUUACUUGUGGAUGAUUGAUUCCAGUGUCUUCAUUCCCCCUUCCCCUCAGUUUGAACUCCCAGCAGAGGAAUUUGCAGACUGCCUUACCGACAGGGAGUUACUGACUGUGCCUCUGGUGGUGGAGGAAAAGAACGAGAGCAGCGGGCCUGGUGGUCCUGUUCCCUCCCCGUCACUGGACUUUAACGACAAUGAAGACAUGCCCAACAGCUUCAGUGACUCCUCAGAAACCCACGAUGAGGGUGAGGUACAGGCGUUCCACGAGGAUUUGAACGGCAGGCAGCAUAUCAAUGAGGUGUACAAGUUCAGUGUGGACAAGCUCUAUGACAUCCUUUUCACAGAGUCUCAGUUCAUGAGUGACUUCAUGGAGCAGAGGCGGUUUUCAGAUGUAGUAUACCAUCCAUGGAAGAAGGAGGAGGCAGGAAACCAGACCAGAGAGAUCCUGUACACCAUUUCUCUGUCCAAUCCCUUGGCACCCAAAUCAGCCACUGUCACUGAGACACAGGUAAAGUACAAAGCCAGUCAGGAGAGUGAGUGUUACAUUAUUGAUAGCUGAGGUCAUCACGCAUGACGUGGCCCGUAUCACGAUUAUUUCUACACUCUCAAACCGCUAUAUGCUCACACACGGGUGGCCAGAGUUAUAAGUUCUCUCAGGGUAUCAACAGAGCUACGUUAUAGGAAACAGCCUUGGGGGCUGGUGAAAGGCUUCAUAGAGAAAAACUUCUGGAGUGGGCUUGAAGAGAACUUCCGCCAUCUUGAGUUGGAGUUGUCUAAACUGGAAGAGAUGCUUACAGAGACCCACCAGCUGUCUCCAAAGGCCAAAGGCAUUAAGAACUCCACGGUUAGGCGGAAGAAGCGGCCACUCCCCCACAUGCGCAGCCAACAUCUCGAUGAGGCGCUCAGCCCUGUUACCACGCCGACAGAUGAGGAAGUGAUUCAGAGGAUCAAACAAGUGGCAGGCUCCACACAAACCAGACACCAGAGUCCAGAACACCAUCACCUGCCCGGAGGCCUGGCUCUGUACAGCGUCUCCAAACUGCUGCUCAUCAUCAGCUUUGUGAUCUGUCUCAGCCUGGUUCUGCUGGUGUUCCUCAACAUGAUGCUCUUCUAUAAGCUGUGGAUGCUGGAGUACUCUGCACAGUCUUUAACAACCUGGCAAAGCCUGCGGCUUCAGGAGAGUAAACUGCCUCAGACGCAGAUGGAGUGGGCCCAGCUCCUAGAGGCGCAGCAGCGUUACCAUGACGCCGAGUUGCAGAAGUGGAGAGAGAUUAUCAAGUCAUCAGUCGUGCUGCUGGACCAGAUGAAAGACUCGUUAUUGAACCUCCAGCGAGGCAUUGGUUUGAGGGACUACACCUCUGAGACUGAGGAGAAGAGAAGUCGCUAUCACUGACACACCACCACAAGGCCAUGAGGGCAUGCUGUGCAAUAUAGGACCUGUUCUGUUUUUGAGCCAGUGUGCAAGUAUCAGCGAGACAGAGGGAGGACGGAAGGGGAGGUGGGACCAAGGAUGAGUGGGUCCAAAGACACAAAGAGAGGAACGAUAUAGUUUCCAGUUCACAGAAAUCAAACCUCUUCCAGAGGACGGAAUUAUGGACACACACACACACACAGGAACUGAGGUAUCCCCAACAUCACUGAGGCAUUGUGGGAAGGUGUGAGACUUGCUCCUUUCCACCUAUGAGGAAUAACCGUUUCCUUCUACUCUCUUUGUUUCUAAGUGCAUCCCUACUGUAAGCCAUGUCAACAAAAGAGAGGCAGAGAGAAGAAGGAACUACUGCAAUGCAUGGUAGACAACCUAGCUCCCCUCAGUCAGUGUUAAUGUGGUCCAAUUCCCAGUCUAUGUAUGUCAAAAAAAAGAAGAACGAAGAGAUAUUGAGUCAAAGGCAAGGAGGGUCCUUUCGAGUCUUUAGGCUUUUUACACUCUUGACCUGUUCCCAACCAGUCGUCCCCCUAGAGUCCCCUGCUGUAGUGUCCCCUGUUAAACACAACCUCCAGCUGAUUAGAAGACUGUUCAGUUCCACAUAAAGAAAACAAGUAUUUCAACAGGCUGAUCAGCUUCACUGGUCAGUCCCUAUUGUCUUGCUUGAACUUGGCCUGUACGGUUCCUGUCAGGGCUGGUUCCCUGUCGGAUCGCUGUAAUGUAGAAUUUGUGGACUGAUAAGACCUGAGCCCAUCUUUUUUUAACAUGGGAUACAAAUCAUGUGGUCAUUUGGUCCUGCCACAGUGGUACCUACCAUGCUUUGCAUUUUUUCCCAUCCUUCUGAUGAAGUGGAAUGUAUUUGUCUGGGGAAAAAAGGGCCAGACUUGGAUCACAACUUAUUAUUAAUCUUUGAACCAGGGACUCUGCAGCCAGACCAGUAGGGAGACCUGUAUUCUUACAUGUUUUAUUACUAAACUGUGAUUAUAUCUCUUUAAAGAUAUUUCAAAUUGGAAAGAAUUCUAUGAAUAUAUUUGAAAUAUAUGAAAAUAUUUCAUUAUUUAAUAUAUAUAUUUCAAAAUAUAUAAACAUGACCUAUAUUUAUUGUUAAUUUAUGUACAUACAGAAAUGACCAGAGCUCUAGACCAGUAAAAAAAUUUCUAACUAAAAAGGUUUUCUUCUUAGAAAUGCAUGCCAGAUAUGUCUGUGACAUGUCCAGUGUGCAAGUAUGAUUCUGCAUUCACGCGAUUAUAUUCGCGCACGUGUAUGUGUGUUGGGUGUGUGAGUGUGUGAGUGUGUGCAUGUGGGCACACGCGUGUGCUGGAAAACAUGGCAUUUUUACCAUUCCACACUCGUAUGUUUCUUUUGUUUUUGUUUUUUUUUUUCUCCUACUCUGGCUCCUGGAGUCAGACUGCCUUUUAUUUUAAAUGCUAAUGCGUUUGGAUGCCGCCUUGCAUUAAUCCCACCAGGGUACAGUUUACAGUCAGAGUUUUGUUCCAAAGUGAUGUAUCCAACAUCUGAACGCAAAUUCAACCCCCAUACCUUUUACUGAGAGAUUUAUUGUUACAGUUCACAAGAUAAAAUUUCCAAGACAUGUGCAACAUUUAAGAGAUGAGCCCUUCUUUUAUCCUUUUAGUGGCUGGAUCACUCUUUACUAAAGAAAGGAACUGUUAGACAUUUUGAGAAAUGCUCUCAUUUGUGUUGAUGAGAAGGUGGAUACCAAUUAUAAAGAAACCAGAAGACAUAAAGUUUAACAAGUUUUUUUAAAGUCUGUCUCUAACUUCAAAAUCGAUGUUCCCACCUAACACAGAAAAUACAAAACAGAUAACUGCAUUUCUCAAAAUAUCCAAAGUAUUAGCAAAGAUUAUACUUUCCCUUUUCCCACCUCAGGUGUCUGUCUUGGAUCGAAUGAAAGCAUGAGAAUAAACUUUACACCAAAAGAAAGAAAAAGAAAUGUACCUUUACACACUAUUACUUUAUCCUAAAUGAAGUAUUUAUCAAGUAUGUCAUUAUAUAUAUAUAUAUAUAUAUAUAUAUAUAUAUAUAUAUAUAUAUAGAUCCCUUACAGCAAUUCCAAAAUGAGAGAAAAACUUCCUCGUGUAGAAGAAAAGUGAAGCACUUUAAGGCCUUGCGGGCAGCGAAUGAAAGAAAGAAUGGUUUUGUUAGGAGAUGAAUGCAGAGCGGAGGAAAUACCACACUGAUGAUUUACAGCUUCCAAACCUAUUAUAAACUGAGAAGAUUCCAAAACAUGUUUCAAACAAAGAAGCUCAGAGCUUCAGUGAGACCGAAUCCCUUUCAUGUCCAAUUUAGGGGCAAAGCAGGAAUAAGUGCUUUGCAUGAGGGGAAGGUAUCUUUACCUGUGUGCCUGCAGAUUGUUACUGGACUGAACAUAAUGAAGUGAGAAAGGGAAUGCGUCAGGACUGGGUCCCUGCUGUGUGUAGUGAGAGAGUGUGUGAGGUGUGUAUUAAGAUUUGAAUAAGGGCACUCAGUAAUGAUAACGCACAGAAACCUUACGAUCUGAAUGUGAAGAGUUUAGAAAUGUUUUGCAGGCAUCACUUUCAUGAUCCUGAUGACAUCUGACAGGCCGUAUGUGAUGGUGCAGGGAUGUCAUAUGAUUAAAAAAUAUGACUGAAAGGCUUUCAAGAGUUUCUUUUUCUAUAGUGUUUUGAAUAGUUUUCAGUUGAUUUUUUUCACAUGCUGUAUUUUUGUUAAAAAUGACAUUCUUUAGCUUCUCAGAGGAGACAUGAUGGAGCAUGCUUUUUUGUCUGACGACCGGACUUGGUUAUUUUUACUUUCGAGACUGACUUCACAAAUCUCCUAAAUUAUGCAAGUAAACAUCAGAAAGCCCAUGUUUCUCAUUCAACUUGCACAAAUCAAGGCUAUGAUCUUGUUGUUUUGCUUUUAUUGCUUGUUUUGGGUUUUUGUUUUUUGUUUUUUUUGUUUUCUUUUGUUUUUUUCUAGUGUGCGCUCACACAGUUAACCUGAGUCACACGAAAGUUUCUGUGGUUGCUGUCGCUGAUCAGCUGUGAAACCAAGGCGACCCAAGAAAUUUGGAUUUUGACAAGCUGACGGAUCACGCGCUUCGUUGACUGUACCUGUUGUCGUUUGCCGGCGAGAAUGCAGUGCCAACCAUGCAACACAGUGCUAACUAACAGCCUUGUACAAACACACACUAUAGGAAUCGCUCACAACCUCCUGAGAACGACAGCUGAUCAAACUCAUAGCAAAUGCUCUUCUUCGAGUGUGUCUUGGGAAAACAUGUACUGGUGUAGUUCUGUUCAAGAAAAAAAGAAUCUACUGUAUGUUUUCUUUUUCUUUCUUUCUGUUUUUUUAGGAAAAUGUUUUAAACUCUAGACUUUUAGUGAAAUUUCUACACAAGAUGAACAUACUGUAAGUAUAUGUUGUGUGUAGCUGCAGUGCACACACGCACACACACUUACAAAAGAAUCCAACCUGCGCUGUGCGUAGGUUUUGACUUGCCGAUGACUUUACCUCAUAUAGACUGAAAAGAAAUGUGGCUUUCUGGUUCAUGUGAAGUAGAGACUGGAAGUAUGAAUAAAGAAAAAAUGUAAACAAA